CCUGAUUCAGUUUAAUCAGUGUUACACAGCAAGCAGAGGAGGGGAGGGAUGAGGGAUAGAUGGGGAGGGGAAUGCUGUAGGCGUGUAGAGAAAGGAAGAGAUGAAAAUAAAAAUUUAAGCCGACAGGAGCAGUCAUCAGAGUGCAGUCUCUGCCCCAGCUAUUUGAGGAUCUGUUCAGAAUGUGCUUUGAUCAUCAUUAUAUUUAUUCUUUUUCAUUUAAAUGUAGCAAUUAAUAUUUCACAACAUGAUUUGUUUGUCAAGAUGCAUUCGGGUCAGCUUCUGGCUUCAGCUUUGUUUCUGCUUCAUUUGCAUGUGCGGUUCUUUCGGUGAAGUGCGUUAUUCAGUUCCAGAGGAGAUGCAGCGAGGCUCUGUCAUCGGCAAUGUGGCGAGAGAUUUGGGAAUAGAUGAGACUGAGCUUGUGAGGCGCAAUGCUCGAGUUGUUGCUGAGGGGAGCCGACAGUUUUGUGAGCUGAACACAGAAACAGGCUCUCUGUUGGUGAGCGAGCGAAUGGACCGUGAGGAGCUUUGUGCACAGUCUGUGUCGUGUGUCCUACAAUUCCAGCUGCUUCUGGAAAAUCCACUCAAAGUGUACAGUCUCCUCUUAGACAUUCAGGACAUCAACGAUAACAGUCCAGCAUUUGAUAACGGUCAGACUGAGCUGGAACUACUGGAGUCAACAGUCCUGGGAAGGCGUUUUCCACUUGAAAGUGCUCACGAUCCUGACAUAGGAGCUAAUUCAGUUCAGCAUUAUCAACUCAGUGAGAAUGAAUAUUUUGCUUUGGAGAUGAAUACCCAGGUGGACAGAAAUGCAUAUCCUGAAUUGGUCCUUAAAAAGCCUUUGGAUCGAGAAAACCAAGCUGAUCACUUUCUGACUCUAAGUGGAGUGGAUGGUGGCCGACCUUUUCGUUCUGGAACAGCGUCAAUUCACAUUCACGUGUUGGAUGCCAAUGAUAACGUUCCUGUGUUUGGUCAAAGUGUGUACAAAAUCAGAGCACAGGAAAAUUCAGUUCGAGGCACUGUGUUGGUCAAAUUGAAUGCAACAGAUUUAGACAGCGGGAUUUACGGGGAAAUUAGUUACUCUUUCAGUCACGUGCCUGAUAAGACGAGGGGGGUUGUGAAGGUCGACCAUGUGACGGGUGAGGUGAAGGUCACGGGUGAGUUGGAUUAUGAGGAAGCCAGUUCUCACGAGCUGGAUGUACAAGCCAAAGAUGGGGGCGGACAGUCAUCACACUGUAAACUCAUUAUAGAUGUGAUAGAUGUGAAUGACAAUGCACCUGUUAUUGCAGUUAAAUCAAUUUCAGCUACUGUGCCAGAAGAUGCUUCACCUGGGACCAUGGUGGCAUUGCUGCAUGUUUAUGACCUUGAUACUGGCACAAGUGGACGGGUCACAUGUGAAAUAUCCAGUGAUGUGCCAUUUAAACUUGUGUCAGAGGUAAAGAAUUACUUUAUGCUUGUGAUUGAUGGAGUUUUAGACCGGGAAAAGUGUCCUCACUAUAACAUAACCGUGACUGCUGUGGAUGCUGGCACACCCCCUUUAUUCAGCAGUAAAACUGUAGCCAUAACAGUCACAGACAUUAAUGAUAAUCCUCCUAUUUUUAGACACAGCGACUACAGCAUCAAAUUUUCAGAGAAUCAGCCUCAAGGAACCCCAGUUAUUAAAGUCGGAGCUGAUGAUGCAGAUGAAGGACAAAAUGCUAGAAUCCUGUAUUCUAUUUCAGAAGAUGCAGUCUCUCAUCUUUCCAUUAACUCAGAAACUGGUGAGAUGUUUACUCUGCACCCCUUUGAUUACGAAACGUCCACUCACUUCCAUGUUCGAGUUAUGGCACGUGAUGAAGGCAGGCCGUCGUUCACUAGCACGUGUACUGUCCAGAUUUUUAUUGCAGAUCAGAACGACAAUGCUCCGGUUGUUCUUUACCCAGUUCAGUUUGAUGGGUACCUUGCACAUGACAUUGUGCCUCGAGCUGCUCCUGCAGGUUAUCUGGUCACCAAAGUGAUUGCGGUUGAUGCAGAUGCAGGUCACAAUGCAUGGCUGUCCUAUCGAAUUGUAAAAGCCACAAAGUCUAAUUUGUUUACCAUUGGACUGCACUGUGGGGAAAUUAGGACACUAAGGCUGUUUGCAGAAGAUGAUGAAAUCAAACAAACCUUGAUAGUCUCUGUAAGCGAUAAUGGGCUUGAGUCUUUGUCUACAACUGCAACUGUCAAUAUUAUGAUAGAAGACGGCUUGCCUAUCAUCGAUGAGCUCUUUGCACGUGGCACAGAUGAAUCACAUGGAAACAGUGACCUUACUUUAUAUUUAAUAAUGGCCCUGGCAGGCAUGUCUAGUCUUUUCCUUGUGCUCAUCAUUGCCGUGGUCUAUAUGAGAUUAUGUAGAUACCGAUACAUCUACCGUUCAACUGCAAACUUACCUGUUUUUCCUCCUACCUAUGGGCCACCUGGCUACUCUGACGUUAGCCGCUUCAAUACUCUGCAGAAAGAUGAUCGAUAUAACUCAUUCUUAACCACAGGCUCAUGGAAAGGGGACUUCAGAUUUGGUUCUGACUUUGUUGAUUUGGACAUGCUCAAUAAGAGAGGGACAUCGUUGCAUGUGAGUGGCUGCAGUGUCACACGUGCAAAGCUCUUAGUGCCACAUAAACUCUAACCCAGAUGGUUUGACCCUGACAAUCACACAGAAAAUCCUUAUCAACAAAUAGGACUGAUAAGCCUGAAAAAAUGUUCAUUAUUAUAAUGCACAUCCUCAGUGAGUCCCUCACUAUUAUGUUGUAUGUCCUGUUCUGCUUUGAUUUUGCAUGUGACAAGAUUUAUUUUACACAGUUUGUAAAAACGUCUAAAAAGAUAUUUUUAUUGUAUGUUGAUCUGUUUUAAAUGUUUAUGUGUACACACAGUUAAAAAAAUCCAUUAAAUAUUUGUAUAUUUUAAAUUUACUGUAAAAAAAAAAAUGGUAGCAACAUUUUAGGUUUACGGAUUUAAAUUAAAUUUACAUUUAAAUACCAUAAUAUAUGUAUUUAUACCAUGGUAUAAUACAAUAAUGUUAAUAUACCAAUCUUUUGAAUUACUGAAAUUUUAGUACCUUUGUAGUACACUGAUAACCACCAAAAGCAGGUGGUGAUGAGAAAGUCACAUGAUAAACCAAAGUAAUCAGAAACAGCUUUUAAAUACUAACAUAUAGAAGGUGUCAUACUCGAACACUAAACACCAUGUGGACACACAUGAAACUGAAAUAAUGCAAUAAACAUUAAUUUAACAACAUUAGAUGUAAAAAUAAAUCAUAAUGUACACAACUGAUAUGGAAAAAAACAACUAAGAAACGGUUAUUAAAAAAAUAAAUAAAUAAAAUGUAAAAUAUAACGUAGGGAAUUCUGGGAAUAUAGAUUUACGGAUAUUCACUGUAAAUUAUACAUUCUUUUUCACCUCCAAAAACAGCAUACUACCGUAAAAUUACAUGUAAUAUCCAAUUCUGUUUUUCACCUUAAAUAGGGUAGCAUUUUUACAGUCUUGCUGUUAAAGUGUGUGUACACCACCAGUCAAAAGUUUUUGAACAGUAAGAUUGUUAAUGUUUUUUAAAGGAGUCUCUUCUGCUCAUUAAGCCUGCAUUUAUUUGAUCCAAAGUACAACAAAAACAGUACAAUUUUGACACAUUUUUGCUAUUUAGUCUUCAGUGUCACAUGAUCCUUCAGAUAUCAUUUUACAUUUAGUCAUUUAGCAGACACUUUUAUUCAAAGUGACUUACAAAUGAGGACAAUGGAAGCAAUCUAAAUCAAAAAAAGGGCAAUGAUAUGCAAGUGCUAUGACAAGUCUCAGUUAGCCUAAUGUAGUACACGUAGCAAUAGUGAGUGCUUUUUUUAUUAUUAUUAUUUUUGCUAAUUAUAAUAAAUAAAAAGAAAGCAAAUAGAUAGAAUAGAGAAAUCGAGAAAGAUAGUGUUAGAGGCCUUUUUUUAUAAAGAAAACAAGCAGUUAGAAAACAAAUAGUGGAAGUUUUAAAAGGGUCAAGGAUUUUUUUUUUUUUAAGAAUAGAAUUAGAAUAGAGAGUGCUACAGUUACUCAUUUAUUGAUUAGUCAUUUGCUGUUCAAGAAACUAUUAUUAUCAUUGUUGUUGUUGUUGUUGUUAUUAUUAUUAUUAUUAUUAUUAUUAUUAUUAAAACAGGUGUGUGUGUGUGUGUGUGUGUGUGUGUGUGUGUGUGAAUAGAAAGAUCCAAAGAUCAGGAUUUAUGUGAAAUAAAAAGCUGCAUUACACACUACACCAUUCAAAA